UGUUAUGAUGCCAUAGUAUGCAAUGUACUUAAUGUCCUCCUUUCCACUUGUAGUGUGUCAGAAUCCUUGUUCUUCUCAUGGUGUUUGUGACACUCGGACUAAAAAAUGUUCCUGCUCUACCUUCUGGAUGGAGAAUCCUUUCAAGGCUCAUUACGGUAGUCGUCAUAGCAACUGCGAUUGGAGUGUACUCUAUGUUGUGUUGGUGGUGGUUGGUCUCAUUAUAAUAUGCAGCUUGUGUGUCUGGCUUUGCUGCUGUUACUGCAUGCACAGGAGAAGGAACUCUCGUAGAAGAAGAGUAAAAUACGCCAUCUUGGAUCACAACAGAGAAGAAGGAGUUCAAUCAAGAAUGUUUGCUAAAGAUAAAAGCAGUCUGAUAGUGAGUGAGACUGAGACAGAGGAAGAGAUAUUGUUUGAAUCAAAGAAGAAAGGAGGAGGAGGAGGAGGAGGAGGGAAGAGUGAGAAGCAGGCACUGAUUAAUCAACCUAUUAAUAGUAACAGGGUUAAAAAUAACCUGACGGAAUCUUCCAGAAGAUUAAAGAAGACUUUGAAUAAUGUAUCGUAACUGCAGCCCCUCCCCCCAAGUAUUAAUAUAACUACAUAAUUAAUAGUUAAGUAAUUUUAAUAAUAACUAAUC